AUGACCGGCUUAAAGCGUAAAACUGAAGGCUCUUGUCCCGACUGUACCUCAAACGUUGGAUUGUUCCAAAUUGCGGAUCACCUCGUUUUUGAGAUGUGCGAAAAUGUUUCGUGUGAUUACCCAUUUAACCGACCUAACGCUGAAGGACUUAUACAUGAGUAUCCUUACAACGCUACACGGUAUAGUAAAAAACCCAGAACACGUUCUUCAUCGGUUGCUAAUAAUGUUGCUGCUACAUCAAAAGCUUCUGAUGUUAAAGAAUUGUGUCCAAAAUCUGCAAAAGAACCUAGACCAGUUAAUCCUGCCUCUGGUUCUUUAAAGUCGCAGAACGAUAAAUCUCAUUUAGAAGGCCAAACGUCCUCCUCACAAAAAAACUCCUUGAGUGACAAAAGUGAGUAUACCGCUGAUUGUGAUCCAACGAUUACAAAUUUACUAAAUUAUUACGCAGAUAUCUGUCAAGCGGCCCCUACCCCCUCUGCUCAACUUUGCCUGCCGGGCAACCUUGCCCUCCCAGCGCCGUCAGCUGCUAGAACUGUGGUACAAACGUCAGAAAACACAGCUUAUACUGCAAGCUUCUCUCUUCAGGAUAUCGAAUCCUUCCUCAGUGUUGACUUGACCCAACCAACAGAUACUGAUGGACGUAACGAUGUCAAUAUUAUGGCUACGAAAUCCACCAGCAUGUCACCUGUGCAAACCGAGGCUAUUUUCGACUAUUCCUCGCCCACCUCAGCAGCCAUCAACACUCCAAAGGACACAGUGCAAUUAAAUUGGAUGGAUGAUAUCAAUUUUUUAUAUGGUGCAGACAUGGCACAAUCCAAAUUUAACCCAUUGCAAGAAACCGAGUUUGAUCCUUUCUUGGGAAUUUAA